GCAAGCGACCAGAUGGGAUUAGUCCCAGGACCAGAGCCAAGAAGAAGUCGUAAACAAAAAUAAACACAUCGAUCGAUACAAAACGUCUCUGAAUUUUUCAGCACCCCAGCUCCUAUAUAAAGUGUUAGCUCUGGUCUCUCUUCUCCCUCAUCCACAGCACUCGAGCCUGCCUCCCAAGUGAAGAACAAGUGCCUGAUUAGUCGUACGUAGUAGCCUCGCAUUCCAAUCCUCCCAAAUUAAAGGAAGCAGCCAUGGCGAAGCAAAAGAUCGUGAUCAAUGUGCCGAUGGCCAGCGACAAGUGCCGGUCGAAGGCGAUGGCGCUGGUGGCGUCGACGGGCGGGGUGGACUCGGUGGCGCUGGCCGGCGACGGCAAGGACCAGGUGGUGGUGGUCGGCGACGUGGACUCCAUCAAGCUCAUCACCGCGCUGCGCAAGAAGGUCGGCCACGCCACGCUGGUCACCGUCGGCGAGGCCAAGAAGGAGGAGAAGAAGCCGGAGCCCGCCGCCGCCGCCGCCGUCGUCGAGUACCCGUACCCGUGGAGCUGCUACACCUACGCGCCGCCGCCGCCCGUCGUCUACUCCGGCACGUCCUCGCCGUGGUGGUGCUGAAUUAUGCAGUAGUAUAGAUAAACCAAUCUGGUCCGUUGGAUCGAACCGAUCAAACGAAAUGGACGGUCUGUAUUCAUUUUUGUGGGCUUCCGUACAGUAUGUGUCGUUCAUGUGGCGGUUUUGGGCUGCUCUGUUCGAUCACCUCGCUGAGAUCAUCAUGUUCUGUUUUUCUGUUUUCCCUUGCUGCUGAUUUAAUUAAUUAAUGCAUGGAAGAUUUUUGGCUUGCGAAUCUCAAACUU